UUUCCGACUGGACCCAGGAUGGGACUGUGAGCAGGAGAGGGCAGGGCUCAGCCUGGAGUUCUGACCCUGGCUGAAGCCAUGGCCUUUAGAGGUCCUGAUCCCUACCUCCCUGCAUCCCUGCUGAGCCAGCGACUGAAGGCUGGAGAGAAGACACUGGACCUGGAGUUUGAGAUCUUGAGUGUGGGAUUUAAUGAGGAGGGCCGGUACGCCCUGAGGCUGUCAGCUGAAAACCCACUGCAGGCAGGCUCCAGUGCUGGGGUGCAGUUGCAAGUCAAUGAUGGGGACCCCCUUCCAGCCUGCUCAGCUGUCACUGAGGUCAUUGAGCAGCAGGAUCCUGGCCAGAGCCUCACCUUCACCAGGAACAAAUUUAUCUUCACUCUGCCCAAAGGGUUCUGUAAGAAUGAUGGGCAGAGUGAUGCACAUCUGCGUGUGGAGGCUCUGAGGCUGGAUGGAUCCUCAGGACAGGAGGCUCAGAGGGUAGGUGAGGCCAUCUUCCCCAUUUACCCACGACCAGAUGAGCCCCGAAUGAACCUCACAGCACAGGAUCAUGAAGACCUGUACCGCUAUUGUGGCAACCUGGCUCUUCUCCGAGCCAGCGAGGACCCCACAGCCCGCCACUGUGGGGGCCUGGCUUACAGUGUGGCCUUCCAUGUGCACAGGGACCCUAGGUCCUCUGUCUCAGACUGUCAACUGGAACCCAGCCAACCAGAGCUACAGCAGACUUCGAGGGAGGCCCUGAGUGACAAGAUAGAAGAAUCUUAUAUGAGCCCAUUCAGCACUGACAGUGACCAGGAGGGGCUCAGCUGGGAAGCAGGACCCUGGCAGCAUCCGGCUCAGGUUCCUGAGGAACCACAGGGCCGCCUGGAUACCUCCCAGGACCCAUAUCCUGCCGCCAACUACCUGGCUCCCUGUAAUAAGGAGACUAUCACUGUCACUCUAUAUGGAGCUACCAACCUUCCUGCCGGCAAGGAUGGCUCUGAACCGUGGCCCUACGUGGUGGUAAAAACCACAUCAGAGAAAGCCAACAAACACAGUCCUCAAGCGAUGACCUCUGUGACCUCAGAACCCACCAGAGCCCCCGUCUGGGGGGACACAGUGAAUGUGGAGAUCCAGGCAGAGGACACAGGACGGGAAGAUUUGAUCCUCAAGGUGAUGGACAACAAGAGGAAGAAGGAGCUGGUGUCCUACGACAUCCCCAUUAAAUACCUGCGCAUCUUCCACCCAUACCAAUUUAAGUUAGAAAAGUCUGAGAAAAAAGAUGAAGCUGCUGCCAAGACCUGCCUGUAUGCCACCGUGGUUCGGAAGGGCAGCUUACUUCCCCGCUACGUUGGCUGUGACCAUACAGCUCUGGAGGUCUUUCUUCGAGGAGUCAACGAGCCCUUAGUCAACAGCCUCAAGCCCAUGGUGGUAAUUGCUCGGGUAGUUCCCAACUAUACUGAGUUUAAGGCCAGGCAGGCCAGGCGGGAUCCUGCCUCUGUGGGGCUGCCCCUCACCCAGGUUUCCUUCCCUAUCUCAUCGCCAAUGAACUUUGAUGUGCCUCGGAUCAACCAGAACGGGUAUCCUCAGCUGUCCAAGCCUGGGGGACCCCCAGAGCAGCCCUUGUGGAACCAGUCCUUCCUCUUCCAAGCCCGAGAUGGGGCCACCAGUUUCUCAGAGAACACAGCCCUGGUGCUGGAGUACUACCCCUCUGCCUCAAUGCAAAGCAGUGAGCCAUGGGCCCUCAACCAGCCCCUGGGUGUAUCGGUGUUACCACUGAAAUCUCGUCUAUACCACAAGAUGUUGACAGGAAAACACUUGCAAGGGCUGCAAGUGGAGCGGCUUCCCAUCAUCGACACCAACCUAAAAACCAUCAAUGGAGAAGCCCCCUCGGUGAACCUCUCCUUCCAGCUGCUUUCCUCUGAGAGACCAGAAAACUUCUUGACACCAAACAACAGCAAGGCUCUGCCCACCAUCAACCCCAAGAUCCUAGAUGAGAAUCUGGGUGCCAUCCGUGAAUCCUGGUCCAUGAGCUCCUUAGACUCCACUCAGGAAAUGGAGGAACUUCAGCCCCGUGAUGUGGAGAUGAACAAUUACCGGCGGGCCAUGCAGAAGAUGGCAGAGGACAUCCUGGCACUGAAGAAGCAGGCUAACAUCCUGGAGGAGGAGAACGGCAUGCUGAGGAGCCACCUGAGCCAGCAGAGCAUAGAAGAGCAGAGCAGGGCGGAGGAAGAGAACCUGGCAGUGUCCAUGAAGCAGAAGCUACUGCUGAACGAACUGGAUAUGAAGAGGCUGCGAGACAGGGUGCAGCACCUGCAAAAUGAGCUGAUUCGGAAGAAUGACCGAGAGAAGGAGCUGCUGCUUCUGUACCAGGCUCAGCAGCCCCAGGCUGCACAGCUGAGGCGCUACCAGGACAAGCUGCAGAAGAUGAAGGCCCUGGAGGACACUGUACGGCACCAGGAGAAGGUGAUCGAGAAGAUGGAGCAGAUAUUGGAAGAAAGGCUCUGUGAGAGGAAGGAACCAAUACCAUCAAACAGGCCACAGGGGAAGCCUAUCAUGGCCUCGGGCAUUCCUCUGGGCCCCGUGGGAGAGACCCUGGCUGUUGACCUUUACUCCAUGCUGCUAGCAGAAAACACGAGGCUUCGGACAGAGCUGGAAAAGAACCGCCAGCAGUCAGCCCCCAUCAUUCUGCAGCAGCAGGCCCUACCGGUGGAUCCCAGGGAGUUGGGAGCAGGUGGAGAUUUGGCAGAAAGGCUACAAGACACAAAUGGCCCGGGCCACCCCAAGUCCACAGAGACCCUGCCAGCACAGGUGGGUGUCCCAGGAGGCUACUCCACUGCCCAGGCUGCUCCAGGUGCCCCUGCUGUACACAAACCCAAAAUCAAUAUUUGGAGCUCUGGUGGCAUGAGAACACAGGACUUCCUUGGUGGUACUUCAGACAAGUUUAACCUCCUGGCCAAGCUAGAACAAGCUCAGAGUCGGAUCUUGUCCCUGGAAAACCAGCUGGAGGAGUCAGCUCGCCACUGGGCACGAGAGAAGCAAAACCUGGCCAUUCGUCUUCAAGAGCAACAACACGGCUUUGGACAGCCACCAAACUCCAUCAUCAUAGACCAGCCUAAUGCUGGAGCAUCCAAGAAUCGCCAGCAGCUCUCGAAACUGGAAACCUCCCUGCCCAGCUCAGACAAGAAGCUCAACAGACCCUCAGACUCUCAGAUUGAGAUCUCUAACAACCAGAAGACCUGAGACCGGAGCAGAUCUCCUUCGCCAUGUGCUGGGGAUUCACGUGCCCCCAAAGACGCCUUUAAUAAAAGCUGUCAGUCAAUAAGCA